UCUUAACCCUCUCUUUAAAUGCGCUAGAUUACUAAUAUUGCUCCCGAGUCCGUUGCAUUGCAGACGUUUGGUGACAAACCUUGAAAGAGAUUAUUAAAAGCGACAAUUUUUACAGGAAGAACAGAGUCUUGAUAGCUUUUUGUCCUAAACAGUUACAAUCAAACAGAUGAAAAAGAACCACGUGUGGGCUAUUUGACUACAUUGCUAUACACCAUACAUUGGCGUUGUAGAUAUUAUACCUCAUCAGAAUCUCAUCGAUUUCUUCUUCAAUCACAGACGUAAAUUUCCCCUUAAAUGUGUCCCAAUGAAUGGGCUCCUCUGUUAUCAUUUGGAUCACAUAGUGUAGGAUACUAAAAAAGAAACUUCCAUUUUUUUAAAUUGAAUCCAGCACAUAUUUGCUUGAUGGUUUCCUCCAGGCCUGUUUAUUUAAUCUGACUGUAUGAUAGAUGGCAUCUGAUAGGGGGUUUGUACACAUGAGGCCUUUCGGAUUUUUUUUUUUUUAAAUCAACAAACCCUGCUGGGGAAAGCUGGGUAAAUACAAUGCCGCCCCUUUAAAUGCGUGGGGAUGUUGUUGAGUUGUAUUACUAUAUUAGGUGACAUGGAACUUUGCAUCUUUCAUUCCAUCACUGCUCAGUUAGCCAAUAGAAAGCUAAAGUCGCCCAAAAACUGCCUAGUCCCUCCUUCUUUUCCUUUAUGGUCUGGUUCUACCUGCCUCCAGUCCACAAGUCAAGGCUAAUUGCUGGAAUGCUAUGCGCCCCUUUGGAGAGCUCAGGGGUCUCUACCGCUGCAGGUUGUUUGUUUCCAAUUCACCUUUACAUGAAGCUGAGCUCUGGUCGCUGCCUCACUUGCCCCCACAAUGUUUCCUAGUCCCGUGACUACUACGCCCUUUUCUGUCAAGGAUAUUUUGAAUCUGGAACAGCAUCAGACUGGCCUGGCUUCGAUGGAGCUCUCCACUCUGUCGUCCUCCUCCUCCUGCAUGCUGUCAACCUUCAAACAGGAGACGUACACGGCAGAGGCAACAGCCCUUCCUGAACUCAGUGAGGAGCUGACUCAGACUCACCCUUCCAAAAACUCCACCACCUUCCCCAGCUCCUUCUAUGUUAAACCCUACAUGGAAGUGGACUCGGCCAAGGACUCUAAAGCGGACAAGAAAGGUAAAAGGGCAGCACUCCGAGGUGUGUUUUAAAUACCACCGAGGGGGUCUCUUUGGAAAGUAUAACCCCAGGCCUUCAGUGGUGGCUGGUUGGGGUUUGUUAUCUAGAGAGCUGUGCUCCCUUCACAAGACCCUGGAACAAGAGAAAGGGGGUUUGGAGGAUCCAGAGCGCCCCAGACAAAGGAAGAGGAGAAAACCUCGCGUCCUCUUCUCUCAAGCUCAAGUCUAUGAACUGGAGAGAAGGUUCAAGCAACAGAAGUAUCUCUCGGCCCCCGAGAGAGACCAUUUAGCGAACGUCCUAAAGCUCACCUCCACCCAGGUUAAAAUUUGGUUCCAGAAUAGAAGGUAUAAAUGCAAAAGGCAGAGACAGGAUCAGACCCUAGAAAUGGUCGGGAUCCCUCCACCGAGGAGGAUAGCAGUGCCUGUUCUGGUGAGAGAUGGGAAGCCCUGCUUAGGGGAAUCUUCCCCCUACAGUUCACCCUACAAUGUCAGCAUUAAUCCCUAUAGCUACAACGCCUACCCUGCUUACACUAAUUACAACAGCUCAGCCUGCAAUGCCAACUACAAUUGCAAUUACCCUUCCAUGCAGACCAUGCAGCCUGCUGCAGCCGGCAACAAUUUCAUGAACUUCAGCGUAGGGGACUUGAAUUCAGUGCAAACACCGAUUCCUCAGAGUAACGCAGGGAUUUCCACGUUGCAUGGGAUCAGAGCCUGGUAGACUUACUUCACCCAUCCCUAUUCUAGGCCUCAGUGCAACACUAAAAUGGGGACAACGUUUCACAUGGACUGUAAACUGAUCAAUGGACCGAACAGCAAGCCGUUGGACUUGAGGCUAAGGGAAAGAACAGGCUUCACCCAUGCCUGGGACCCCUCCGAGAAGCAAACAACAAGUGUCUCGAUAUAUUUUCAAACUGCUGGGAGGACUGGAAGGGAAUGGGCCUCUUGAAAGUUAAUGUAGCCUCCUCUAGAAAUUCACCAGCAUGCUUGUCAGCAUCUCCAGUUGGAAGUUUUGAAAGUUCUUUGUACAGAUUAUUCUACCCCAUGUAAGUUAAAGCACACACACACUCUAUUAGAUGUGGGGGUUUAUAUUAAAAUUACCAGACCCAGGUGCUUUGGAGAGCACAUUACCUGUCCCAUGUAAAGCUACACACGGCUCCCUCCUAGCUUCUCAGAAAAGGAAGCCUUAAGAGCUGAGUUCUUGUACCGAUCGCCUACCCAACAUUGGGCCGUUUUACGCUACAGAAAUGGCUCCUUCCAGAAGAGUUUGAACAAUACUGCCGGUGCAAACUCUUCUAUUUAUUUUAAAAAUCAGAAGUCAUGUUUCAUUUUGCACUUCCUGUAUGGACACCAGAUUUUGAAGAGUCCUUAAAGCUCAGUGUAUCGCUAGUCCUAGAUCUUCAAACGCUGCCUUUUGGUGAAAAUCAUGCGGUCUGCUAUUUUAUUUAAGAUGUAACUUUCCUUGCCCCAGAGACAGGGUGGGAGAGUAUAUUGUGUAUAUAGAUCUCACCAGCACACAAAGGCUAAAGACAAAGCCCCGAAAUGAAGGAAUUCAGAUGCUAUUACAUGCCAGAUCCCCGUAGGGUUAUGCACUAAAACGUGAUUUAGUAUUUAAAUGCACUGUCUGUUCCUUGUCCAGCCGCCAGUUUGUAUGUCUCCCUUUGCCGUGCAAGCUGAUGGAACUCGGUGACUUGUCAUUAAAGAGAGUGGCUUAAUGUUG